GGUAGACGAUUCCGUGCCGGCUGGACCUACUACGGCAAACAAUUUCGUCCGGCAAAAAAGUACCGCAACGACAAGUGCUCGCGUCAGAACCAACGUUGUACCGCCGGAUUAAGCUUGGUUUAGCGAUUACCUCGAUUCUGCGCAGCUCGUGCAGCCUGUUCCAGCAGCUGGCGAAAAUCACGGCCUCGGGGCGGACCGCAAGAACGAUCUCAGCCCAAAUCGCUAACUGCUCGAGAGUUCCCAUCAGCAUCAGUGGCCAAAGAUCGCGGUGGUUUGCGAUGAACCGUAUAGCGCGUAUCGCGAGUGAGAUUGGAAUCGCGAUGGGUCGGAUUUUGGCGUUCACGGACUAGGCUGAUGGUGUUGGUGUACGUGUCUUGUUCAAACAAGUCGACCCGGAGAGGACACGAUGGUCGUGAUUGAUACGGUUACCCUACCAGCACCGAGACGCGGGCCAAUGUCCAGACUGACUGUCAGAGAUCGACGUGAACACGCUGAUGCUGAACAAAUUAGGACUACCAGAAACUAUUUUUGUCGGAUGUGGUCAAUCCUUGGGCCUUGGGCAGUUUUCGAGCAAUCUGAAGGGUGAAGAAUUGACAGUUCGAUGGGCAUUACACUCAAGUUAUGAAAAUGGCCGUCCAAGCACCGAGAGCAACUAUCACCGACUUGAAAGUGGCCAACAGCAAGGACAGAAUCCACGGUUUAGGAAUCCACCCAAGAUUGCAAGAAUCUGGAACGCGAUCCGGGAGAAAAUUGUGAAGGUGUCAACACUGGUCGGGGAGCAAGAUAGUGACUGUCCGCAGAAUCCGGAUGACGUCCUUUCGAAGGGCUAGUACGCAGAUCGGAAGGAAAGGGGUCAAGAAACAGCUUUACGAACAGCAGAACAAAUG